AUGAGACUUGUAACUACAGCAGUGCUGUUAUGGCAGCUUCUGGCUCCUGUCACGCAAGCGGUCAAGUUGUGGUCUGCCCCGGCUGCAAUACCUACAUCAGUACCAGCAACUUGUCGUGCAGUACUGGUGCAGGACAUUGCUUGCACCUAUGGCAACAACAGUCUUGUCACGGCUGCUCAGGCGGCAAACGGUCUGGCACUCGUUGACAGCGAGGCCACGACGUAUUGCACGACGGGCUGCUAUCAGUCUUUGAAGACAUUUCAAACCAAUGUCGAUGCCAGGUGCGGCAACACGGAGUACACGCUCUUCCUCAACAGCAAUUACACACAAUCCGCUGCCGCUCUCGCCGAUGGGCUCAGCUGGGCCUACAAUCUGACCUGCAUUCAAGACGCGCAAGUGAUAUCUUAUCUGGCUUCUGUCUUUCAAGCCUUACGGAGCUGCGAUGCUGAGCUCAGAUUAUGGGAGAGAAAAGUUGAGCCCAGACACUUUCUCCUCGAUGGUUUCAUCAUGUGGUGCAGACCCGGCAAGCUAUACCUACAGCUACACCUCAACAACGGCCGUCUCAACGACCACGGGGACUGCAACUCCAUCUCCGAGGCCAACGGAGUAGGCACUGAUCUAAUGAUUAACCGCAAUUACUUGGAUUACAAUUGCACAGUUCUUACCGAGGGCAUGUCUUUGUGCUUGCAAGACACCUGCACCAUCCAUACUCUUGGUAGUAAUGAGACCUGUGACGGGAUACUCAGCGGCCAAUCGUUUUCCCUCAUCCAGCUGGUCUCCUGGAAUCCGACCAUUCACUCGAAUUGUGACAACUUGGCUGCCAUGGAAGGGCGCAGCAUCUGCCUCUCACCACCAGGGGGUGGAACGCUUGAUUUCAAUUCUUCGACCAGUAUCACGCCGACAUCAACACUAAAUGCAAGCAUUGUAACCAGCUGGGUGUCUGCCACUGGCACGAUUCCCACCACCAACUUUACCACAUCGUGGUAUUCGUCCGAGUUUGACUCGACCGCCACGGCCACCAUCACGGCCACCAUGGACUUCAACGAGACUUUGGCAUCUGAGCUGGCCCAACAGACACAGUACUGCUGGCUGACGGACGAGGACAUGGACUACCUCGACGAGGAAGACUACGCCGCGGGCUGUCAGAGCCUCAUGGACGAGUAUUGCUUCCCGACGGCCGGCGCCCCCGUGCCACCUUCGCCCACCCGCAUCCCGGCCGUGUGUACCCCGGACCGCAGCACGUAUAUCCCAUCUACUACCACCACUACCGCGGCUGCCGCUACACCAACUCCUUAUCAGCCCAACAUGAUUGCCAACUGUCAACAGUUCUGGAAGGUCAUAAGCGGGGACACAUGUCAGGGAAUUGCCGAUGAAUUCUCAAUCACUCUGACACAGGUAAGAUAUCUCGUGUUGCAAUUCCAAGAGCGCUAUCACUUUUGA